AGGUUCAUGUCCUUCGUGCUUUCCGUAGUGCGCGUGUUGCAGUGCCAUUCCACAGGAACAUGGCAGCCUCCAGCUUCUUCUCCUCUCUCAGAACUUACAUGUGUAAAAUGAGAUUAGCGGUGUGUGUGGAGUGUAUACACACGGGACGCUCAAUGUUCACAGCUGAUAAAGCUCUGCUGGUGAAACUGCGCAAGACCACAGGGUACACCUUCAUCAACUGUAAAAAAGCUCUGGAGAAGUUCAACAACGACAUCACACAGGCAGAAACCUGGCUCCAUGAUCAGGCUCAGAAGGAAGGCUGGAGUAAAGCGAGUAAACUGGAGAACCGCAGAACCGCUGAGGGUCUAAUCGCUCUGCUGAGGAGGGAGAACACAGCUGUUAUGGUGGAGGUGAACUGUGAGACUGAUUUUGUGGCGAGGAAUGAGACGUUUCAGCAGCUGGUGCAGGACGUCGCCUUUGCUACAAUGAAGCAUCAUCAGAGCAGAGCACAGAGCGGAUAUGUGAAGAGCAUGAUGUCUGCUGAGGAUGUCUGUAAUCUCGCCGUGCCUCAAGGUUCCUCUGUUGCAGACCAGCUGGCCCUGGCUAUAGGGCGUCUGGGUGAAAACAUUUCAGUGAGACGGGCGGUGUUAGUAGGCGUGCCGGCUGAUUGGCGUAUGGGGUCGUAUGUACAUGGGGCAGUGUUGGGGCAGACUAGUAUGCCGAUGGGGCGAUACGGCGCUCUGGUGGUAUUCCAGGGUGGGCCUGAGGGGCAGGAGGAGGUGCUGGGUAAAAAACUGGGGCAGCACAUCGUGGGGGAGGCGCCUCUGAGCCUGGGGGAUGUAGGGGACGUACCAUGUGGAGAAUCAGAGACACGCCUCUUACCUCAGAGCUUCCUGUUAGAACCCCAGUACACUGUAGGACAGUACCUUGCUCUACAGAAUGCACGGGUUCUUGACUUCAUUCGCUUUAAAUGUGGAGAGGAGACGCAGUGACACCAUGCCACAGUGUACAGCAGAGAGAAUAUAACAUUUUAAUAAUGUUAAAUAAACACACACAGUUAAUAAUAAUCAAAUGAUUCAGAUGAUGUAAAGUGUACCAACUGAGGGUGAAACUGGGGUGAAAUUUACCAACAUGAAUUGUGUUUUAUAGCACAGAUCACUACAAGAGAGUACACACACACUGUUCAUGAUCAUGAAAUAUUUCCUGUAUUUGUUGUAAACUUGUGAAGUGAAAAUAAAACAUUUAUAUGUCGCA